AUGGCGGGUGGCGGCAGGGAGCUGGGGCACGCGGAGGACACGGUGGUGUCGUAUUGGAUGCGCUAUUGCCCGCACGCCAUCCGCACGCUCGACUGGGAGCUCCUCGCCAAGGCGCACAACGACCCGUUGCUGUGUGGUAACCAGUCCGUGGUUACAUGGUGCGCCGUGGAGCAGCAGCGGCGGAGGGCGCAGGGGGCAGGGGCGGGCGGGGGGGGUGAGUGGGUGCUGGGGGCGGAUGAGUGGGGGAGAGUGGCGCUGGUGGCGGAAGGUUGGGGGGUGGAGAAGGGGGAAGGACAGAUAGGAAGCAGCAUAAAGGGGAGCGAUGCUGGGGUUGGUGAGGCGGGAAAGGGGGGACAGCAGGCGCAUCAGCAGCAUGAGGGGCAGGUGGAUGGGAAAGGGCAGAGAACGCGAGCGCAGUUACACCACGUGCAUCACAGCACUCGCCCCGGCAGAAGGAGGCCCCGCAGGCUGCUGCUGCCUGUGCGCCUGCUCUCCCCCUCCUCCUCACUGCACCGCACUGCACCGCUCGCCCACAUCCCCUUCGCGUCUGCCACGUCAGCAGCCAUCGCAGCUGCCACGUUGGCGUAUCGUCCGUCCUCCCCUCCUUCCUCCCCCAACUAUCUAUCUACUUCCCCUGCUCUCUUCUUCCCCUCUCCCCGCCCCUCUGCUUCCGCCCACUCCGCCCCUCCGUUCCCCGCCUCGCCCCCCCACCGCCCCUCCUCUCCGCCCGUCCCUUCCCCGUCCCCCUUCCCCCGGUCGCUAUCCCCCUCCGCAUCACCAGCGCCAGCGCCAGCAGCGGCGGCGACAGCAGGGGCUGCAUGCGCAGCACAUGGCGCCCCUCCCCCCCUCCUCCUCGCGGACUCCCCUUCUUCCCCCCGCCCUCCCUCCCCCCCGCACGCCACUUGCCAAGGGGACGCGGGGGUGGGAGUAGGGGGAGAAGCAGCGCGCACAGAAGGGGGCGGACGUGCGGAGGCGGUGUUAGAGGGAGACGCGGUGGAUCUGGAGUUGCUGCGCGCGCUCAUGGGGGGAGACGCGGGGGAAGGGGGGGAUGGGGGGGAUGGGGCGGACGAGAGUCACGAGGGGGUUUGGGACAAGUUGGGAGAGAGAGGUUGGGGUGUUGACAUGCUGUUGCAGUUGGAGCAAGAAGGUGGGGAGUGGGAGGAUGGGGAGGUGGAGGAUGGGCGAGAGCGAGUGGUGGUGGCAGAGGGGGGUGCAGAGGAGGGGAGUGAAGGGGAGGGCGAGUUGUGGCAGCAGUUGGCGGCGCUUAUGGGGGGCGCUGGCGAGAAGCGGGGCUUGGCAGUGGAAUCGGAUGAGCUGGAUGCGGUGGAGAGCGGCAUGGAGGGGCAGCAUGCAGCGGAGGCAGAGGGGCAGGAGGAGCAGGAGGGGCAGGAGGGGGUUGGUGGCGGGCUGUCAUACAGGGAGAUGGCGCAGUGGUUGCUGCAGCACAGCACGGACGUGAUCUGGGAUGGCCAAGGGGAGGGUGAGUGCAAGGAGGAGGGCGAAGGGGAGGGGGGUGAUGAGGUAGGUGCAAGGCAGGAGGUCGGGGAGGAAGAGGCGCCAGGGGAGGCAUCAGCAGAGGCAGAGGCGGUGGAGGGUGCUCAAGGCAAGGCGAGUGGUUGGGGAGGAGCCGUACUGCUGGAGCAGCCUGUGCCUGAUGCUGAGCUGGCAGGUGCUGCUGAGCUCGAAGGUGUUGCUGAGGUGGCAGAUGCUGCUGAGCUGGCAGGUGUUGCUGAGGCGGAAUCUGGGAGCAGCAGCAGGGGCGGCAAUGGAAGGAAGGGGCGGAUGAGCAGUGUGGUGUGGGAGGUGGUGGGCGCGUGGGACCGCCUGCUGUGGGACGAUGAGCAUCACACGCACACGCACACGCACACGGCUGUCACACCAAGUGGUGCUGCUGCUGCGGCAGAGACCUGUGGCGCACCGGGCAAUGCUGCUGCACUGGAGUUGGGCGCUCAGAACGAUCUGGCCGCAUGGGAGGGAGAGGCGGAGGGAGGGAUGGGGGACAGGACGAGGGGUGCAAGGAGAGGUGCAGAGGAGGAGGGCGGAGAAGAGGGUGCAGUCAUCCUCCACCCCGCCGUUGCCCUCACCUCAUCCCUGUCUCGCCCCUCCCCCUCCACUCCUCCCAUCCCCCCCCUUCUCCGCCUCGCCCUCACCCCCACCACCCCACCUCCCUCCAUCUCCCCUGCCUCCCCCCUCCCCCUGCAGCGCCUCUCCCCCUCCCCAUCCCUCCCCCUCCCCCUUUCCCCCGACCCCCUAGCAGCAGCGGUGCUGCAGCUGUGCUCGCUGUGGGCGCACCUCCACACGGACCUGCGAGAGCGAUCCCGCACCUUCCACCGCCUCUCCCUCUCCCUCUCCCUCUCCCCCGCCGGUGCCGCCGGGCCUGCCGCUGCUGCCGCUGCGAACCACUCUCUCACCAGCAGCACCGCUCUGCACCGCACGCACAGCUGCAUGGAUGCGUGGUCGCCAGAAGCAGUAUUGGUAGAGGUGGAGAGGUUGCAGAGACAGUGUGAGGCCGCGGAGAGGAGAGGCAGAGGGGGGAGGGGGGACGGGUGUGGGGAGACACUGGGGGUGAUGCUGGAUGGGGAGGUGCAGCUGGAGGAAGCUGCCAGGAAGGAGCAUGAGCAGCGGGCGGCGGUGAUGCGGGCGGUGCGGGCGGCGAUGGGGCGGGGGGAGAGGCUGAGGCUGUACGACCAAUGGGGGGUUGACAGGUGGCAGCAGAGCCGGCUGCACACGAUAGUGUUUCAGCGGCUGUGGAACGAACCCAUGCGGUGCGUGGCUUGA